GCCUUGGUGCGCCCGACUCGCUCAUGCUAAUCGAAGAAUGGGACACGCAUCAGCCAAGAAGGGGGAACUGCAGAAGGACGCGGACGCGAUCUGGCUCUGGAAGAAGAGCGAGUUGACCAAGGAUGCCGACGAGAUCUGGCUCUGGAAGAGGGGCGAGCUGAAGGCCAAGCUGCAAAAGGACGCCGACGCCAUCUGGCUGUGGAAGAAGGAGGAGGCCAAGCAGGAUGCCGACGCGUAAUUAAUUAUCUGGUUUGGGAUUUAAUUAGGAGAAUCAGAAGUGUCGGGCAUGCUAGGAACCCCC